AUGACUACUACAAAAAUAUCGACCAAUCCUCAACUAUCAUCUACAUUAUGCUCACAAUGUAGUUCAAUGGCACAUUUUAAAUGCAUUGAUCAUUGCGAUGAUGUUUUUUGUGGUAAAUGUAGUGUUAAACAUCGAACAGCCGUUACUAAUCGUAUGAAUGACUUAGCAAGGCAGCUUAAACUUUGUAAAAUUGAUCCUAUAACAACGCACGAUGAAAUAGAUAAUAAUUUUAUUCGUGCUUCCAAUCAAACUAUUAAACGCACUCGUGAUACUGUAAACAAUUUAAUUACUGAAAUUCAACAACGUGAAAAAACCAUAAUUAAGGAAAUUGAAUGUAAUUUAGAAGCGAGACAAGAAGAAAGAAAAAAACGUACGGAUUCUGCAUUGUUAACAAGUGAAGAAGCUGUCGAUUAUACUCUUUUACUCAUGAAUUGUCUUAAACAAGAUCAGUUAAUUGAUAUCGAUACUCUUGCUGCUAUUCAACGUCGUUUAGAGGCUCGUAGUGCGCUCGGUCAAUCUGUAUCUGAAGCAAAAACUCCUUUAAUUGAAUUAGGAAAAUUUGAGCCAAAUAAACUUCUUCAACUUCGUGCUGCUCCUCGAGCGGAGUCUCCUCAACAUAGAACUAGACAUAAGAAUAAGAUUCCAGUAACAAUUAGUUUGGAUAAAUGUAGAUUCUUUCAAAUUCCAUUUGAAGGAACAUUCUCUGUUGGCAAACAUCCAACAGCUGUAUCGUUAAAUGAUCGUUAUCUUGAAACAUUCUUUUGUCGUCGUACACCCGGCAAUAGUUUAAUCUUAUUAAGUUCUACAACUAUUGAUGUUGUUAAUCGUGGUUCAGGUGUUGAAAUGAGUGUACGAUUAUCAAAAGUUUUAGGCACAGAAAAAGAUAAAAUAUUAGCUGGUGCUUGGUGUGAAUAUUCACAACGCCUUAUACUUGUUGGAAAUCAUCGAAUGUAUUUUUAUGAUUUACAAGGACAAGAACAUGCAAAAAGAUUUCGAUGCGAACCAAAACAUGGAGAUCCUGGAAAUACACCAAGAUUUCUUAAUUGUACACACGAUGGUUCUAUAUUCUACGCGUACAAAUCUGUUUCAAAUUCAUAUAUCAUAGAGAAACAUGCUUAUCCACUUUUAUUAUCAAAAAACAAUGACGAUAAUGACCAAGAAGAUACUACACACUUUUUUCAAACAAAACAAAGUAUAAAAAUGAAUGAUCAUUUAGCAGCUAUGUGCGUUACACAUAAUCGUAUUGCAUUAGUCUAUCGUAAUUUUCCAUCUGAUAAACUUCUUGAGCAUUCUAUUUGUUUAUUGGAUCAUGAUUUUAAGAAUCUCAAAUAUGAACGCGUAUCAUUACCAUCGGAUAUUAAAUGGAUUACAGCAAUUGCAUCAUUCGGUAAUGAUGAUCAAUAUCUAUUAUGUGAUCCACGUGGUCAACAAUUAUUAUUAUAUCGUUCAACAGACGGUAUAUUAACACGUCGAUUUCGUAUUGGAGCACUAAAUGCAUGUUGUUUGACAGAUGGAAAACUUGUUUUAUGGUUACAAAAACAAUAUGCAAGUUCGCCAACAGGAAAACUUCAUUUCAUUACAGCUCCACAUUUAGAACAACGAACCAAUGUAUCUAAAUCACUUCCAUUAUUAACUCAAAAAUGA